AUGUCAACGGAUAAGAACCAGAUAAAGAUCAGGUUUACCACCAAUGAGCAGGACGAUCGCUUGAAAGUUGACGAAACUCCACUUUACGUGCCAGUGUCGUUGAAGAGAUUUGGUUUAUCGGAGAUUGUAAACCAUUUCCUUGGCAACUACAAGCAGGGCGAAGAACUGGCAGGGGAAAGGAAACCAGUACCGUUCAACUUUCUCAUAAACGGCCAGCUUUUAAGAAGUUCGAUUAAUGAUUAUCUCGUGCAGAAUGGAUUGUCGAAUGAAGUGUUUCUAACGAUUGAAUACACGCGAGCCAUCUUACCGCCCAGCUUCCAAGCAUCGUUCCAGAACGACGACUGGAUCUCAUCCCUCGAUUCGAUAAACAGAGCUUCGGAAGCUGUCACUGCGUCCCAGCUCGCAAUCUCGGACCCCAAGAUCUUGAGUGGCUCCUACGAUGGAGUCGUGCGAACGUACAACAUGUCGGGGAAAGUAGAGAAACAGUACGUGGGACAUUCGGCGCCAGUCAAGUCGGUCAAAUGGAUAUCGCCGACUCGAAUCGUGUCGAGCGGGAACGACAGACAAGUGAGAUUGUGGAAGACUUCAUAUGAAGGUGUAAAAGACCUCAAUGAAGAAGGAGAGGAAGAUGACGAGGAGAGCUUGGAAGAUGGCAAGACGUUGGCCAUUUUGGAAGGUCACAAGGCACCAGUGGUUGAUUUGGCCGUCGAUCAUCGAACAAAGAGGAUACUAAGUGCAGGCUAUGACUUGAAUGUGGGUUUUUGGUCUACAAACUUCAAGGAGAUGAAGAAAAUCGAGAUUCCCGAAUACGACUCGAAUGUUGUCUCGACUUCGUCCAAGAAAAGGAGGAAAAUGGCCUUGCAAGAUUCCACUAUAAGACGCCGCUCGCCACUUGGUCUCUUGCUGGGCCACAUGGAGCCAGUCGAAGGGGUGAUUUUCGAUGCGUUUGACUCGACCGUGGGCUACUCGGUGUCGCAGGACCACACCAUCAAGACGUGGGACUUGGUGACAGCACGAUGCGUCGAUACUAGAACCACGGGCUUUUCCUUGCUCUCGGUAUUGCAAUUGCCGCAAGUCAACUUGAUUGCUACUGGCUCAUCGGCUCGUCACAUUAAUCUUCACGAUCCACGAACUUCCAGCACCAACCAAUCUGAAAUCAUCAACUCCAAACUUGUCGGACACACCAAUUUCGUCGUGGGGUUGAGUGCCUCGCCUCACAAUGCAAAUAUGUUUGCAUCCAGUUCGCAUGAUGGUACGGUUAAGGUGUGGGAUGUCAGAGCCGACAAGUCCCUUUACACCAUCACUCGUGAAGAUGGCUCGACUAGCAAAAAGAUUUUUGAUGUGUGCUGGAAUGACCAAAUUGGAAUCAUCAGCGGUGGCGAGGAUAAAAAAGUGCAAAUCAACAAAGGCUCAGACAUUGCUAAGUAG